AUGAAAUCCGAAAGAGACAGUGGACUGGAAUCGAUCAAUCCAGCUGUCAGUAUGGGGUUUACCGUUUCACCCAAAGUGCCGUUACUCUACGAUAGUGUAACCGGUGCUAAAGACGGAAAUGUGAUCUCAUACAAUCUGGACGAACAGACUAUUUCCAACCGUUAUGUGGAUUUGUCGCAUGGCUCGCCGCGCAAACUCACAUUCAGUGGAGUACCCAGCUCGGAUAGUCCCGGAUUUCAUUUGGAACAGAACGAUGGCGUGGGUGAGAAGCAAGAAUACCUCUUACAUCAAACAACGGGAAUGCGUUUAUUUCGGCCCGGUGAUACCGCCCUUUGUGCGAUUCAUGAGGACCCGUCUGCCAGUAUUCAGCUUGUUGCUAUUCCUGUAGUCAGUACAGACGGUUCUUACAUCCCUCUGGCCCAUCGUUCUCCGUGUACCCUAGGCGAACAGCCUGAUUCGUGCCCUCAGCCAUUAGGAAGACACGGGCACAUUUCUCAUUCACAUGCCCUACCUCCCGGAUUCGACCCCAUCGCUCUGGAUUCGGAUGCAGAUUCUGGUCGUGGUGGGAGUGUGAAUAAUAUCGGUUUGAGUUGUCCUUUGGAGGGUUCUGUCUCUCCAACCUCAGAACCACUGAGCGUAACAACUUCGACGCCAGCUGCAGUGCAUACAUUAGGUGUACCUGUGCGUUACGUAUCUUACACAGCUGAUGGAAAACUGCACAUGCUCACCCCUCCAAGCUCCUGCACUCUCAGUCCCCAAGCGGUCCUGGUGCCAAUCUCUGCUGUACAAGAUCGGCCAGUCCCAGUCACCAAAUCCGAGCAACAAACUAACAUGAGUCACACUGUAUCGCCCACCUGUAUGGGAAAAGAUCACAACAGUGAAGCACACACUAUUCCCGCUAGUCCUCCCACAACCACUACCAUGCCCACGUCCACUACAAGCCCAUCGAGACGUCAUGACGGUUCAGCAAAUAAAAAACGUGAUUGUGGCCCUUGGCGCCUGGUCCAGUUACCAACCCAGGAACUUGAAGCAGAAAUACAGAGGUAUUAG